AUGGGCCGUUGGGGACACCGCCUUUUCGAGGGAGACCUAGACUUGGAUCUCAUCGGAGAUAUCGAGAGGGAAAUGAAGAAAGCUGGUCUCCCUAAGGUCGAGCUGAAAGCCAUGCUUUACAAACCGACUUCAGACGAAUACAGAAAGACUCGCGACGCCCUAGUCGCCGACGGUGUCGGCGAUGCCAUCGUCACCCACCUCCGCUCCCGCGCGGAUAGAGAGUAG